AUGAAGUUUGUUAUGGUUUUGUUCGUGACAUUCGCCGUAGUCAUGGUAUACGGUCAAGGAAUUCCUACACGCCAAUGUCCAUCUGGCGAGCACUCGGUUCUUUACUGCCCACAAAAAGCGGAGCCUUCGUGCGACAACCCUACAGUCCACAAACUCACUGGCCCUAGUCCCUGCGGUGUGCCACAAUGCUUCUGCAACAAACCAACCACUGAAAAGAGAGUAGUGACUUUGGAUGUAGGAGAAGUGAUAGGAGAAAAGUACUGGAAUGGGGAUUUCUUUGAGUUUUAUGGUGUACCGUACGCCAAAGUGCCUAAAGGAAGGGACAGGUUUAAGGCACCGCUACCGUUAGAAGAUUUUGGUUCUCUAGUCGCUGAUAUCAGAAAUAUUCACUGCCCUCAAAUUUUCCUUAAAGAAUCAGAUGAUGAUGAAGAUGAAGUUUUUGGACAAGAAGAUUGCUUAAAUAUGAAUCUUUUAGUGCCCAGUAUUGCCAGUGAAAAAAAUCUUGUACCAGUUCUGGUAUACAUUCAUAGUGGUGGUUAUUCCGGUGGAAAUGGAAACAUUAAAGAUUUGAAUGAGUUUCUACUGAAUGCAGAUAUCGUUGACAUGACUUUGAAAACCCAUAACUUCUUUCUGGAGAAUUCAACUUUUGGUUUUGCGCCGUGUUUAGAAAAUGUUAUUAAGAAUACAGAACCAAUUAUUACGGAGUCGCCUUUAAUGGUUCUUCAAAAAGGGGAUUAUAAGCAAAUGCCUGUAUUGACAGGUUUCGCAAAUAUGGAGGGCAUAAGUAGGACUUUUAAGUUUGAUGAAUGGAGUGAAGCGAUGAAUGAGAAUUUUGCCGAUUUCCUCCCAGCCGACUUAACCUUCGAUACUGUAAAAUCAAGAGACGCUUUGAUUGAAGAUAUAAAACAAUAUUAUUUCAAAGGAGAAGAGGUUUCACAUGAUACUUUAAAAGGAUAUGUAGAUUACUUUUCAGAUGCUAUGUUCAAAUAUUCAAUAAUGAAAUCAGCAAAACUGCAUGCCAGUAAAUCUAAUAGACCAGUGUUCUUGUAUGAAUUCACAUACGUGGGCAAAUUGAGCUUAAAGCAUUAUUAUAUGGACAAAUUGGACGGAGCGAGUCAUAGAGAUCAGACAUCUUAUUUAUUGGACUUCUUUGGUUUCACUGAUGAUUUAAAUGAUUUGGAGACAAGAGACAGAAUGACAGCAAUGUGGACUGAUUUUGUUAAGUUCGAAAACCCUACGGCUUAUGAAAGUCUAUUAAUCGACGUAAAAUGGCGCAGAUACACAAAAGAGACACCGAAUUACAUGAAAAUAGGCAAGAAUUUGCAGUUAAAGAAGAAUUUGUUUUCGAAAACCUAUGCAUUUUGGGAUAAUAUUUAUGAUAAAUAUUACUGGAGCCCUACACCAGUUUCUGAAGCGAAGUGA